AUGGUUGAAGGCUGUAGAAAACUCAUCAAAUAUGCUAUGCUUAUGGCCAACUUAAUGAUUUUGGUCGGGGGGAUCAUAGUUUUCGCAAUAGGAGUAUGGACGUUAGCAGACAAAGCAUUCAUGGAAAGUCUGCUAGGCAGCAACCUGUACGUCAGUUCAGCAGCAAUUCUUAUUGCUAGUGGUGUAAUAGUUAUCAUCGUUGCUUUUCUUGGAUGCAUGGGAGCCGUCAAAGAAAUCAAAUGUAUGCUCUUGACGUAUUUCAUCAUUCUCUUCAUGAUAUUUAUCAUGAUGCUUGUGGGUGGAAUCCUCGGUUACGUCUUCAGAAAUGAGGUGGAUGACCAUAUGCACAGGGAGAUGUUAACUACAGUGAGACAGUACAUGAAUAAUACACCGAUAACGGAAGCCUGGGACUUGGUGCACAAAAAAUUCGAAUGCUGUGGAAUGAAACAAGAAGGAAGUUCGCGACAGCCGUACAGAAUUUGGGUGGACGUGAACCCCAACUUCAAGGUUACGGGUCCACAAGUUCCUUCUAGCUGUUGUAAGUCAGAAACGGUGAUACCCCUGUGUCAAAAGAUCCCAACCAAGGAAACCGCGUGGAUGAAAGGAUGUUACGACGAACUAAAGGAAUUUGUUAAAAGACAUGCUAUUAUUGUUGGUGGGAUAGGAGUAGGAAUUGCCUGUAUUUUGAUUGUGGGCAUGUCUUUCGCUUGUGCUCUCUUCUUGAUGAUAGGAAGAUAA